AGGACCCGCGGGUGAGGGAGGGGAGGAGGCCGGGGGUCGGGGUCGCCUGGGCCCCCCCCUCCAUUUCCCGGCCCGCCUUUGCCCCGGCUGCCCUGUGGGCUGGGUCUGUUGUCUCGGGUUGCCAGGAGUCACUGGGACCAAGUGGAAUAGGGGAGAGAACUGAGCUCUCCAGGACUGAGUCAGGAAACACGUUGGUAAUCAGUACUGGGGGCGGCCGUUCCCAGGGUACUCCUAGCAGGUGACAGGAAGGGACGUGGGUGCGGUGGGACCCAUGCAGGCUGAAAGGCGGGUAAUGCUGAGUCUCACUGAGCCAAGGAAGACCAGGAGCUUCCAGAAGAGGGAGCCUGGAGUUGAGGCCUGCAAGAUCUCCAGGGUUCCCUGGGGACUCAGCAGAGUGACCGCGCCGUGUCAACUGGCCGCACCGUGCAGGCGGGUGUGGGGGUCAGCGAGAGCAGACGCUUCCUCCCAGGGGUGUCCCCAGACUGCCGAGAGGGCAGCCGCCUCACAGAUAUCUCCAUUUGCCGGGAGAUGCCCAGCCUGGAGGUGAUCACGCUCAGCGUCAACAGCAUCUCCACCCUGGAGCCUGUGAGCCGGUGCCAGCGCCUGAGUGAGCUGUACCUGCGGAGGAACCGCAUCCCCAACCUGGCUGAGCUCUUCUACCUGAAGGGGCUGCCGCGUCUGCGGGUGCUGUGGCUGGCCGAGAACCCGUGCUGCGGCACCAGCCCCCACCGCUACCGCAUGACCGUGCUGCGCACCCUGCCGCGCCUACAGAAGCUGGACAACCAGGCUGUGACAGAGGAGGAGCUGUCCCGUGCACUGAGUGAGGGAGAGGAGAUCACUGCAGCCCCGGAGAGAGAGGGCACAGGCCAUGGCGGCCCCAAGCCAUGCUGCACACUGAGCUCCCUCAGCUCCGCUGCUGAGACUGGCCGGGACCCGCUGGACAGCGAGGAGGAGGCAACCAGCGGCGCCCAGGAUGAACGUGGCCUGAAGCCGCCUUCCCGGGGCCAGUUUCCUUCCCUCUCAGCCAGGGAUGCCUCGAGCAGCCACAGGGGCAGGGUGAGUGGCAGGCCGCUAGGGGCCGCGGCUGCCUCUGUCCACUGCACCCACUGCACAGAAACCGUGGGGAGGGAGCAUGGAGCCUCACAGGGCCUCGAAGAGCUGCGCCCCAGGGGGAGCUGCAUGUGCGGGUCUGUGAAUGCGCACACACGUGUAACACGUGCCCCGCACGGAGCCGUCCUGCCCCUCAGCCUCUCCUGCUGUCCUGGUCUGUGGAAUGUGGGCCCGGGCCCUGCUGGGCUGAGGGCAACAGGAGUCACGUGGAAGAGGCGCCACACACGUGUCCACAGGCGGGGCUCCUCUGCUCAGAUUCUCCGAGUGUGCGGAACAUCCUGACUGCCAUCCUGCUGCUGCUGCGGGAGCUGGACGCAGAGGGGCUGGAGGCCGUGCAGCAGACUGUGGGCAGCCGGCUGCAGGCCCUGCGUGGGGAAGAGGUGCAGGAGCACGCCGAGUGACCGCAGGACCUGAGCGCCGCUCCACCCUCCACGGGGACCCCAGCAUCUUCCCCAGCCCCCGGGAGCUGGAGGGUGGCUGCCACGGCCGCAGCCCCGGCCCCACACAAAAGCCUCCCCGGUUUGCCACAUCGGCCGAGGGCGGGAGUGGCUGUUAGGUACUGGCUAACCGGGGCGGUGGAGAUGCCUGUCCACACCAGUCCUGUCCCCAGGACUCCCCUUCUGUGGUCUGGAGGUUCUAGGCUGGCCUGGGCUCUUAAAGGGAGGAUUUUGCAGGCUGUCCUCCCUAAUAAAAGAUUUUCCCAAGGUUGAUCUGGAGGUGACGUUUCCCAAGGCAUGGUUGUGACAGUCUUCCUGAAAGCAAGGGCCGUUUCUCCACAGAAUGAGGAGGUCUUCACAGAUGGCUUUGCCGAUUCCAGCCCUUGGUCCUUGGAUAGAUUUCUGUUGGGCAAGGGAGACUUCGAGAAUGCUGGCACCCAUAGCAACAUCUACCCUGAGCUGCUCAGCAGGCAGGCAGCAGCCUCCCGCACCCACGGGAGAGGGUUUUGUUUUCUUGGCUGGGCUGGGCAGGUGCGCCUUCCUUUCUCUCUCCUGUGAAGAACUGCAGGAGGGCCCUCAGCUGUGAGGCUGUGGAUGAACAGGCCUGUUCGCCCUGGGGUCCGGGCCUGGCACAGGAAGCAGCUGGACUAGGGGAUUCCUUGGAGCAACUGAGAGGGGUUUUCUUUCCUCUGGGAAGAGUCGCAAGUCUUAUGAGGAUGCCACAAUCUGGGCAGUGACCCGCGGCCCUGGGGACCUUCCUAGUGCCCCCCCAAAACCAAGGAAGCAUUCACGUAAGAUGGGGAGUCAGCCUUCCAGCUGGUGUGUAGGAAAGCCACCUCCCUGGGCCCUUGUCCCGUGUGGGGUUGAGAUCCAGAUCUCCAUGAGAUGUUCCCAUCCUCCGCCGAGCAGUGAUGCGUGACCAUGUGUGCAGGCCGCUGUUCUCCCAAGCUCGGGGCCAUGCUGUGCCACCGUCACCAGAGCCAGCUGCAGCACUGGGGCAGCCACUGUCGCCGGACUUGGGGAAGCCCAGGGUGAAGACAGUCGCUCAUCCAUGCAAGCUCUCCAGAAGGGGUGCGAGCUCUCUCUCCAGAAGGGGUGUGAUCUCUGAGCAGUGGGGAGUGGAGUCACCACUCGGGACAUAGAGGGUGGACAGUUCAGGCCUGUGUCUGCCUCCUUGGGACUGUGGAGUGGGUGCCCUCAGUAAAGCGCUUUGUUGGAAUGGU